AUGGAUGAUUCUAUUGCAUUAAUGUUUAACAAUACUUUACAAAAAAUCUUUAGUACAAGUUCUAGAAAGAAUACACAUUUAAGAGAUUGUUGUAAAGUUGCACAAGAUACAAUUAGAGACUCACCUUUAUUUUCAAAAUCAGAUACUAAACACGAUAUAAAAGAAUAUGAACUUUUAGCUAAUAAAUUAUAUUUACCAAUGAAAUUGGCAUGUGAAACUAAAGAACCCAAAAUAAUGACUAUUGCAUUGGAUUGUUUAGAUAAAAUGAUGUCAUAUGGUAUGGUUAAACCUCAAGUUGUGGACGAAACUUCAAGUGAAAAAAAGAAAUUAGUCGAAAGUAUGGUAGAAUUAAUUGGAUCAUAUUUUAGCUUUCAGGAUGAGAAUGUCCAAUUACAAAUUAUCAAAGCAUUAUUAACCUCAGUAAUUACACCAACAUGCGAUGUGCACGACACCUGUUUGAUGAAUGCAAUCAAAACUUCAUAUAAUAUUUAUUUGGUUAGCACAAAUAAAAUCAAUAGUACCGCAGCAAAAAGUGCAUUGUUUCAAAUGGUAGAUAGUGUAUUACAAAAAUUCGAAAUUGUUAGCCAACAGAAAUUAAAUCCUUCAAAUUCAAAUAAUAUAGCGAUAUCAAAUGAAGAAAUUAAUUUGUCAUAUCAAUCAAAUUUAUCCGAUGUAAUAUUAUUAUUUAGAGCAUUUUGUAAACUUUCAACCAAAGAUAUACCAGAUGGAUUACAUGCCGACUCACAUGAAAUGAAAAGUAAAAUGUUAUCAUUAGAAUUAUUAUCUAGAAUUUUAGAAAAUCCAUUACCAUCAUUGAAAUUAUCAGAGAAGUUUAUUCAAAGUUCAAUUAAACGAUAUUUAUCAAACUCAUUAUUAACAAAUGGAACCAAUCAACAUUUACCAGUUUUCAAGUUAACAUUAACAUUAUUCCUUUCAUUGAUCAUUCAUUUUAAAGAGUAUUUAAAGGAAGAAAUUGGUUUAUUUUUUAGCAAAAUUUUAUUAAAUGUUUUAUCAUCACCAAGUUGCUCAGCGAAACAAAAGUGGUUAAUUUUACCAGUUCUCUAUGAAAUCUGCAAGAAUCCACAAACUAUUGUCGAUAUUUUCGUUAACUAUGACUGCGAUCCAGAAAGAAAAGAUAUAUUUGAAAAAAUGGUUUACGAAUUAUCAAGAGUAGCUCAAGGAACAAUUACAGGCGAUCAAAGAACUUCUUCAUUGGAUGAUAUGAAGUUUAAAACUUUAGGUUUAGAAUGUAUAGUUACAAUUAUGAAAUCAUUGGUAGAUUGGUCAAAAGAACUCUAUGAAAAUAGUAAUGUCACCAAAAUUAAUAAAAAAUUAACCUCAAAGGAAGAUUUAAGUAGUGGUAGCAGUGGUGAAUCAACUCCAAGAAAGAAAUUAUCAUCAUCAACUUCAUCAUCAUCUUCGUUGAAUGACAAGGAUUUAUCAUCAAUGUCACCAUUAGAACAAGGCAUAUAUAAAUUUAAUCAAUCUUCAAAAAGAGGUGUUGAAUUUUUAAUUAAACAAAAUAUAAUCAAAGAGUCACCCGAAGAUAUUGCACAAUUCUUUAAAUCAAAUAUUUCAAAUUUAGAUCCAAAAAAAGUUGGUGAAUACUUAGUACAACAAAAUUCAUUUAAUUUUAGUGUUUUAUUCAAAUAUGUGGAAUUAUUUGAUUUCAAAGAUAUGAAUAUUGACGAGUCGUUAAGAAAUUUGUUAUUUGGAUUUUUAUUACAUGGCGAAAACCAAUGUAUUGAUAAGAUUAUCGAAAAAUUUGCAGAAAAGUAUUUUAAUGAUAAUUCAAAAUCAUCAAUUUUUUCAAAUGCUGAGUCUGUCUAUCUUUUAUCAUACAGUAUAAUUUUACUUUCAACUGACCUCCACAACCCAUCAAUCACUUCAAAAAUGACAAAAUCAGAUUGGAUCAAAAUGAAUUCUAAAAGCAAUAACAAACAAGAUUUUGAAGAAUCAUUUUUAAUUGGUAUUUACGAUAGAGUAUUAAAAGAACCAUUCAAAAUUAUUAAUGAUGAUUUAGCUUUAGACAGUCAAGAAAGACUAUUAAGAUUUAAUAGAGAGAAUGAUUAUAUUGCAAAACAAUGCCAAGAAUUAAUUAAAGCUAAAUUAUCAAAGAAAUCAAUUUUUUAUAAAGCAAGAAAUAUUGAACACGUUAGACCAAUGUUUUUAUUAUCAUGGUGUUAUGUUUUAUCAACUCUUAGUGUAGUUUUAGACGAUACUAAAGAUAAAAAAGUUAUACAGCUAUGUUUAGAAGGUUUUUCUUAUGCAAUCAGAGUUAGUUGUAUCUUUUAUAUGAACGUAGAAAGAUCAUCGUUCAUCACCUCUUUAUCGAAAUUCUCCCUAUUAGACUCAAUUAAAGAGCCCUCAUUAAAGAAUAUCGAAUGCGUUAAAACCUUAUUAUCAAUCGGUAUUUCUGAAGGUAACUAUUUACAGGAUAGCUGGCAACCAAUUUUAAAAUCAAUAUGUAUUUUAGAAAGAUUCCAAUUAUUUAAUAGUAUAAAAAAUCAAGAUAAUAAUUUUAUAAAUAAUAAUGAUGAAUCUUUAGUGCAAUCACCACACCAAUUAUCAUCACCACAGGUUCAUCAAUCACCAAUUAUAAUCAAUCAUCCAGAUGGUGAAUCACCACAAUCCAAUUUAUCACAUCCACAAACACCAAAUAUGGUUUUAAGUCCAACAAUGAUCCAAUAUAAUAAUAUUGAAAUUGCCAUAAAGAAAUUAAUCGAAGAGAAUCAAUUGUCAUUCGAUAGCAGCCAAAUCGAAAGAAUCUUUACAAAUACUUCAAAUCUUUCCGAUGAUUCGAUUGUUACAUUCUUUAGAUGUCUUUGCGAGGUCAGCGAAGAUGAAAUUAAUCAUUACUCUCGUAACUAUAGUUUAAUUAAAUUGGUUGAAGUAAUCGAAUACAACUUCAAAAGAAUCCGUUUAGUAUUUUAUAAUAUUUGGGAAAUAGUUGUUCAACAUUUUACUAAGGUUGGUUGUAAUUCAAAUAUUGAAAUCGCUCAACACUCCAUUGACUCAUUAAGACAAUUGGCAAAUAAAUAUUUAGAAAAACAAGAGUUGUCCCAUUAUAAUUUCCAAAAUGAAUUCCUCAAACCAUUCCAAGAUAUUAUGAAGAACAAUCCAUCAAAUACUAUCAAAGAAUUAGUAAUUCGUUGUGUAGUUCAACUUUCAAUAUUAAAAGCUAAAAAUAUUAAGUCUGGUUGGAAAACUAUCAUCAAUGUACUUCAAUCAGGUUCAAAAGUUCAAAAUGAAAAUAUUGUAACACUCUCUUACCAAGGUUUAGAACAAAUAAUUAACAAGAAUUUCGAUUUGGUCGAAGAUAACUUUUUUAUCGAUAUUAUUCAGUGUCUUUCAUCGUUCUCUAGCCCAUCGGUACACUAUGCAAACAUCUCAAUUAAAGCAUUAGAAUCCUUAAAUGUACUCUCACAAAAAGUAGCACCAGAUGAUUCACCUUUCGAUAAUAUCAACGACAUCAAUAGACUAUUAAUUCCAAUUUUAGAAGGUACUGCACAAUCAAUUAGCCACGAAAAUGAAAAUGUACGUAAAUUAUCAUGUGCUCUUUUAUUUGAUUUGUUUAAUAUCAAGGGUAAACAAUUUGACGAUGAUAUUUGGCAAAAAAUAAUCAAUCAAAUUAUUUCACCAAUCUUUUCAAAUAUUGAUUUAACCAAUAAAUCAAAUACAGAAAUGUCUACUCAAUGGUUAAAAACAACAUUCCCAAUUUUACUCAAUUAUCUUAUUGAGUUUUUCAUUAAAUUUAAUAAGGAGCUUAGACAAUACUUAGAUACAGUUUUAAAUUUAUUAGAGCCCUUUAUUUGUUGUUCAAAUGAACUCUCUUGUCAAAUAGCCAUCGAUUUUUAUGCUUUAUUUAUUUCAAAAUGUUCAAAUUAUUUCACAAAUGAAUUUUGGUGCACAUCCAUUAUCGAUUCAAUUAAUAGAGUUAUAAAUAAACUAUUAGUUUCAAAAUUAGUCCAUCCAUCAAAUAAUAAUAAUAAUAAUAUAAACGGUAAUGAUAAUAGCAAUACAUCAAUAACCUCACCAUCAGUAUCAGCAAUUACUCCAGAAACACCAAAGAAAUCAAACAAUUCCACAGCAGCAUUCAGUCGUACAUUAUCAUCAUUAAAACCAUUUAUUAUUACAGAAUACGAAUCAUCAUCAAUCGGAAAAGAAAUGAGAGAUAAUUUAAUUAAAUUUGAAAAGACAGAACCAUUUUUAUCAAUUCAUAAUUGGAAUACUGCAAUCAAAUUCCUUCAAAAGAUAACCGAAGUUUGUAGCGAACUUCAAUCAAAAACUCCUUGUAAAUUUAGUGUUCUUUUAGUAAAGAAUUGGGAUAUCGUUUUCGUUUUAUCCCAAAGAAUCAACUCUGAAAUGAUAUUUAUUAAUCACUUUGGUGAAGCCAACUCUCAAAACUACGAAUGCUCAGCACUUUCUCUUUUAUUGGCAUUAUUAUUUGAUAUGUAUUCAUCCGAACCAAUCAACGAAGAUAAUAUUAAGAAAUCAAAAGAAGCUGAAGAUAUUUUAUCAAGACUUUCUUUAGGUAUAUUAAAAGAAAAUUCGUUAUCAACCUUAAAUAAUAAUAACAGUAAUAAUCAAAACAACAAUAAUAAUAACUCCAUUACCUCACCAACUACCUCAACAACAUCAUCUUCCUCAACAUCAUCCAACACAACUAGAAUAUUUAAUAAUAAUAAUAUUAGAGUUAUUAAAAUUAUUUGUCAAAUUUUACAAGGUUUUACCAAUUUUAAUGAAGAACAAUUUAAAAAACACCAACCUUCAUUCUUUAUGUACUUUAUUGACUUGUCAUUACACGAUAAUGUUGAAAUCAGACAAAACCUUGCCGAUCUCAUUAAAAGAUGUGAAAAAGAUUUACCACAGGUCAUUUUACAGAGCUCUGCCCCAACUCCAUUAGUAUUACAUCCAGCUCCAACUAUUGGCCAAAAAAAUAUCCCUUCAAAUAGAUAUAGCGCAAACUAUCAACAACAAGAACAACAAGAAAUUGCUGCUCAAAUUCACUCAGAUGAUCAAGUUAUAAUUGACGAAAAUAAUUUAGAAAAUAAAAGCAUCGUUGAAAAAUUAAUCGAAAAGGAUGAGGAAGUCGUUGAAGAAAAAGAAAUUAAUCAAGAAAUUGAUCAAUUAAAACAAGAAUUAAAAGAUGAUAUAAAAGAUGAAAUUGUUGAAGAAAUUAAAGAAAUUAAGGAAGAAAUCAAUGAAAUUAAAGAAGAAAUCGAAGAAGAAAUUAAAGAAAUUGAAGAAAUUGAAGAAAAAUUAAAUGAAACUAACGAAGAAUUAAAUUUUAAAAAAUCAAAUGAUAAUUUAGAUGUCAACAAUAAUAAUAAUAAUAGUAAUAAUAGUACAAAUAUAAACCAAAUUUCAGAUGACUUUACCUCGAUCGGUGGCUCAAAUGAAACUUUUACAGAUGAUGGUUUUAUUAAUAUAAACGAUGCCAAUACCGAAGAAAAUGAUCAAAUGGAUGUUGAUAUUGAAAUCGAAAAUAAUAAUAAAGAAAACGAAGAUGUUUUAUAAAAUAAAACAAAAAAAUUAUUAAAUAAAAAAAUUAUUUAUAUU